UGUAACAAAUUUAAAUAUAUUAUCCGCGCAUAGUGCGGAGAAAGGAUCUAGUUAUUAUAAAAUCAAAUAAGGAAAAGUUUAAAGCUUGAGUACAACAUAAAUAAAAAGUAGAGCUCAGAAUUUCCCAUUCACUAUAUACUUAUGGAGUUAACAUAGGAUAGUCCUAUGGCGAUACAUAAUACUAAAAUUGUUAUCUUUCUCAUAGAAAACUAAAAACAAAACCUACACUACAAACCACUGCUCUCUUGACUUAGUUAAAAAGCUUAUGAUGCAUGUAUAGGGGAGUAAUAAUCCUUUAAUAGGGGAGUAAUGAACUCUAAAACAAAGCAAAACACACUUUCAAGAAAUUUGUAAGAUAAAAGAUUCCAAAAUUUAUUUUUAUUUUUUAAACACAGUAACUAAAAUGUUUGGUAUGAGCAACUACAACCAAAUAUUGAUCCAAUUAGAGUAAACGAAGUUUCGUGGACCGUAACAUUUUAUUGUAUCACAUUUUUUCACUCCUCUCAAAUAAUAUAUGAAUCGCUAACUCUCAUCAUACAAAAUUUCAAAUAUAAUAUAUGUAUAUAAAAUUAUAUAAAUAUAGUUUUAAAAUUUAUUGAUUUAAGGGAAAAGAAUAACAUUUACGAUUUUGUAUGUGAUCUACCUAUAGAAAAGAUUAGGUUCUAUCAAAGAGAGCUGACUUUGAACCAUCUUCUGAGCAAACACUUGCACAUCAAGUUCCGCAGCGCCAGAAGACGGCCCAGGUCCAUGAACUAUCUUCGCAGGUGUGUUUCGGCACCAUGGUUUGCAGUUCCUGCCGUUUACUUCCUCAAUUCCUUCUGUGUUGCCCUCUGUAGCCUAUAUAUACGUCAAAGGAUUUUUUUAGAACUUUAUGCUUGAUAUAUAUAUAUAUAUAUAUAUAUGUGCAUAUUAAGUAGCGAUUAGGGAUAAUAAUUUAAAUAUAGCGAUUGAAUGUUGACACAGAGAAAUAUUUCAAAAUUAUACAGUACCUCUUUUUUAAAUAGGUUCAUUUUAAUUAAAUCUAAAUAUGUAUAUCAUAAUUUUGCAACUAUCAGUUUUAUUUCUAAAAUAUUUUACUUAUUCGCAUAUAUGACGCAUAUCUUAAUCUAUUUCAUAACAACAUAAUAAGUGCAGUGCAUAUACCAGUAGUCUAAAACGGACAAGAAUCUCACACCUGUCAAUCAUCUUAAUAUUUGGAAUCGUGAGUUGGAUUAUAUGGUCUAUGUUUAGACACAAUCUGUAGUCCAUUAUGUUCAUAUAAGUAUCUAUUUAUUUAAACUAAAAUAAUUAAAAUAUAUCUAGAAGAUGUUACGAAAUAAAAUAAAAUUCUCUAGAAGUUAUUAAAUAUUCUUACAAAGCAAUAAAUCUAAUAAUAUUGAUUAUUGAAAUUCAUGUAGUUUACAUAUUAAAAUUUCAUCUGCGUUAAAAAUGAUUUAAUAUUUAAUUUUACACUGAAAAUGUUGAAUAACAAUACUUGUAAAACAGCGAGAGUAAUAGUAAUGUAAUACUCCCUCCGUUUCAUUUUAAUUAUCGUUCUAGGUUUAUGCACACAGAUUAAUAAAACAUAUGAUUUUGUAUAUUUCCAAAAUAAAAACACAAUUACCGAUACAUCUAACCAUAUUUCAACUAAUACAAAAAUAUAGUGGAGAUCAACCUACAAUUUCCAUCUAUGGAGUUAUGAUUUUGGUAUUUUCAAAAAGAAAAAGUUAUGAUUUUGGUGUUUAUGUAAAUUUGUUUAUUUUAUUAAUACAUAUACAACGCAAAAGAAUAUAUAUAUUAUGGAUAUGCAUCCUAUCUAUGUUUUCCAUAUAUGCUAUUAAUUAGAUAAAGAAAGAGUUGACUACUGUCAGAUACAUGUCUUUUCUAUUGGACUAUGCUAUACGCUUUGGGUUAUUUAAAUGGGUGUUCUCAUGUUAUGGACAUGCAUCCAUUUUGUGUUCUCUUGUUUCUAAUUUCUUCAGUAAUAAUUGGUGAAAAUGAGGGACGGUUUCCUUUUGAUCAACUUUCUUUGAUCAAUUUUUCUGACUAAGUGUACGUUCGCUGCUGCCGACAACUCUCUGUUGGAUGGAUUCUCUUUCUCCACCCUGCGAUGUUCCAAGGUGGUCCAAGCUUGUUUGAACGUCUAGGGUUUUCAGAUUUUCAACGAGCUAAAUCUGUUUGUCCAUUUUGGCGAUCAGCAUCCAUAGAGUCAGCACCAAACAAUCAGAUCCCCUGGAUGAUUCUAUUUCCAGAAAAAGGUAAAGAUUAUUGUCUCUUGUUUAAUCCAGAGGAAAACAAUAAAACAUAUCGAAUUCAAGAUCUUGGCGUCAACUUUGCAAAUAGCCAUUGUUUGGCUAUUUGUGGAAGUUGGUUCUUUAUGCGGGAUUCUCGAUAUAAGCUCUAUAUUAUGAAUUUAUUCACCCGUGAGAGGAUCGAUCUGCCGUCAGUGGAGUCACAAGUUGGCAUGUUAAAGAUCGAACGAACCACGGAUGAUAUGUUCCUAGUAACAUCUAAGGAAGGUAUUGGUUACAAAUAUAAUCAAGAAGACUUGCGCAUUGACUUGCCUUUCUUCUGGAUUGACCAGAAAACCAAAGAUUAUUUUGUUACUUGUUAUCUUGAAGGCCGAGUUACGGCUUAUGCUGAAAAUGGAGAUAAGUUUUGGAAACAAGCGGACCUUAAGAUCACGGGUGACGUGGUAUACAAAGAGCAUAAGCUUUACUUGUAUGAUUAUAAACGUGAUGUCAAAGUCUUUGAUUUUUCUGGAGAUAGUCCACGAAAAAUCGUUGAAACGCAAGUUAAUCAUGAUCCACUUUGCACAAAGGGAAUGUCACGUCGUGUUUACCCAGAGCUUGGUGAUGUGUGGGAUAUCAAGGAUACACAUCUUGUAGUCACGGUAAAAGGAGAAUUCCUGAGAGUAAAGAGCAUAGUAAAGAGUGAUGGUGAUGUUUGGUCCUUCCGCAUCUACAAGAUGGAUUCAUCGCAAAGCGAGUGGGAGGAGAUUACUUCUUUGGGGGACGAGGCAAUACUUCUUGAUCAACGUACCACCGUGCUUGCAAACGCUGUCCAAGGAAUAAAAAGAAAUUCUAUAUAUUUCAGUGGUAUUCAUCAUGACUAUGUAUUUCACCGUGUUUGGAGUGAAAAAGAUAUCUUGAACUAUAGUCUCGACACACACAAGAUUGAAAGACCACCUCCAAGUUUUUUUUCUAACGUUCAAUCAUCUGAUGCUCGAUGGUUUGUACCAAAUUGAUUUAUCUGAACUAUGUUGUAUCUUUUCAGUGCUUUUAAAUGACUUGUGUCUCUUUUAUUUUGCAAGUGUGAAAGUAAAAUAUAUCAUAUGAUCUUUGAGUUUGAAUUUGGAAUAAUAUGAAAUUUAGAUGACAUCAUGAAGCUCGCAAGUGCUUUGUUGACCAUAUACAAUGGUUUAAAAAUCCUUAUUUUUCCCUUUUAACAUUCCUCAUCAUCUUCUUUCUCUUCCAACUCAUUUAUUCAACACCCACUUCAUUCUAUAUUUUUACAAUGGUUUUGUUUUAAAAUAAUCAACACCCUACCCCUCAACUUUUAAUUCAUAUUUUCGUUUUUUAAAAUAUAAGAAUUGCAUAUUAAUAAUUUAUUUAAAACAAAAAUAAAAUAAAUUUUAAUAAUAUUUAUUGUAAAUUAUUAUACUAAGCUUAUUUUUUAAAUAAUACCAAAAUCAAUAUUAAUUAAAAAUUAAAAUUAAGAGCAUAUUCAUUUUUAAGUUAGAUAUUUACCUAAUUUAUUCAGAACUAUGAAACUUAAUAUUAUCAAAAAAAAAACUAAAACUGAAUCAUCUACAUUUACAUCUGGAAUGGAGUCACUGACACCGUCCAUGCUACAAGGAGCUAUUUGUGUAAAAAUUCGAGAAAUUCAGUUGCUCUCGAAACAUUUUCAUCACUCGUUGGAGUAGAAGAAAGAUGAGGUGUUUGAAAAAAAUAUUGCAUCAUCGAUCCAUAAUUUGGAGGAUAAUUCAGAACAGAUAUGGGAUGAAGAAAUUUGGUGAAAACCAUAAUUUGGUAUAUUUUGGGGUUGGUUGGAAGUUUGGUUUUGAAAUUGAUAAUUGUUGGGAUUUGGAAAUUGAACGGAAAAUUAGAAGAGUUUUGGUUGUUAAAAAGAUUAUUAUUAGGAUCCAUUUAACCAAAAAAAAGUUUAAAACACUAAAAUAGUUUAUUAUAAUGAAAAAUGUCAUUUUUCUGUAUUCAAAUAAAAUGAGAGUAGUCUCUAUUUAUAGAUAAAAAAUUUGAAUUUUGAUAUAAUUUUUUAUAUUUUUUAAAAAAAUUAUUAAUAUAAUAAACGUGUUUGAAUAAUUGGGUGGGGAUAAAUAUCAAGUGAAAUAUGCCCAACCAAUGAAAGUAAAGCAUUUAAAUCUUAUCGAGAUUUAAAGAAAAACAAAAAAGAAAUCAAGUAAAUGUUUUUGGCCAACCACAGAGCGACAUGUGGUAGUGUUGGCCACAAAUUUUUUUUUCAGCUGUUGAAAUUUUCCAACAUCCGUUGAUACCACGUUGACAAACACAUUUUUACAACAUCCUCGCUGCAAGGAUUUAAACUGUUGAAAGUGAAUUUCAACACUCCACUGUGGGUGGUCUAACAGAGCAAAUGUCUUGUGCCAAUCCAGGUUUGUUCUAUGCAGUUCUCAAAAUACAUAUAUAUGUAUGUAUAUAUUAAUAUUAGUAUUUGAUUGUGAAUAUCUCAAAAUUACGAAAAAUCCAACCCAACAUACCUUAAAUAAGGAUAUUUUGGAUUGAAUUUCCUGUAAUUUUAAAAUAUCCGUAAUUAAAUAAUAAUAUUUAUGCAUACAUACUUAUAUAUAUAUAU